CUCUCGUCAUAACGUUCAACGUCACGAAAUUAGCAUUAGCAACAAGGCGAUCAGAUUUGAUAGAAUUGCAUAGUUUUGCUGCCAUACAAAGGGCAGGCAUAGGCUAGCUUGAACUGUCAUCCAAAUUUAGAGUUUGGAGGAAUCUUAAACAGUGACAAUGAAAUUCCUGUAUAAAGAGGAGCACCCAUUUGAGAAGAGAAGAUCGGAGGGGGAAAAGAUCAGGAAGAAGUACCCAGAUAGAGUGCCAGUGAUAGUGGAGAAAGCCCCCAAAGCCAGAAUUGGUGAUUUGGACAAGAAGAAAUAUCUUGUACCCUCUGAUCUUACAGUGGGACAGUUCUACUUCCUAAUACGGAAGAGGAUUCACCUGCGGGCAGAGGACGCCCUUUUCUUCUUUGUCAACAAUGUCAUUCCUCCCACCUCAGCCACCAUGGGACUACUUUACCAGGAACACCACGAAGAGGACUUCUUUCUUUACAUUGCCUACAGUGACGAGAGUGUCUACGGAAACAGCCAAACGAAAGUCUAGCUAACCACCUUUCAGCACAUCUGCAGUCUUACUCUGCAUCGUCACAAAGAUAAAUAAAAGCAAUUUAGUUGCCACCA